AUGCACGAUGAUAUACCAGUGGCUGCAAGAGCUCAAGCCAGCGGGCUUUCUCGACCCUUGCAAAAGACACUUCAGAACACUAUUUCACAGAUAGCUGCUAUGCUGUUUCCUGAUACUGCAUUGUCCAAACUAUCCCCAUGCACCCUGGCGUUGUAUUGCCUGAGGUCAACGAUGUCCACAAUGCAAACCAAAGGCGGGAAUCCUAGCCUCUCCACGUCUCUUCUGAAACCGUUGGUUCAAUCGCUCGUGUUAGAAGGCCAACGUUGUGCUUCGUUGGGAAAAAUACACCCAGAGAGCUCUGAGAUUCUUUGCCUGGGCUUUUCAAUAUUGGAAUCUUCUACUGCAUUGGCUGAGUCGUUUACGAAAGAGCAUUGGGAUAUCCUAGACCCGCUCUCUGAGCUUCACAGCCUUCUCUGUCUAGAGUCAGGCACUGUGAGCCAAAUACAACCCCUCUACAUUCGACUUAUCCUGAAUGUCACCAACAGCAACCCCUCUCUCUGCGAUAGAUUCGCAACGCCGGAGAUGGUCGGGGGACUGGUCCGCAUUGUCUCUGCAAAAUUUGGUGAUUUGACCGAAGACGCGCUUGGACAAGCGAAUAGUUCUCUGGACAGCGUGAUAUUGGCGCUCGGUGCACUUAUCAAUCUGACUGAACAGAGUGAAGCAUCAAGAUCGAUUUUUCUUCACUCUGCUGAUUCCUCAAAGCUUUUCCUUGAUCAGCUCUUGCACUUAUUCAUGACUCAUGUUGAUUCCAUCUCCACGGCUCAUUCGGUCUUGGAAGUACACCACAAUGUUGCUGUGGGAUAUUUGGCUGUCCUUCUACUAACACUCAGUUUGGAUCCUGAGACUCGGUCCAAAAUCAAGAGUUCACUCGCUCCCAACGGAUUAACAACGGUGAUAUCUACCGUUGAUGAAUUCCUGCAAUACCAUCAGAAGAUUGAACAAGAAAUCUCCACUUCUCCAACCCAGGGACAACCAGCGAGUGGGUUUCUGUCCAGACUACAAGAACUUAUCACUCGGAUUCGACUGGCAGAGCAAUGA